ACCGGACGUUUGCUAAAUCUAGCGGGUCUUUCGCUAUUCUACCCAUGCUUGUUUCUAGUUCAAAAGUUUGAAACCUCGGACACCUCGGAGUUCAGAUGCGGUUGAAGUCUGAGUGUAGCCUACGUUGUGUGUAGUUUCUUCGUUUUCCUAGUCCUAGAAAAUCGUUUAUUUUGGUUACGUGGAUCACAAAUCAAACGAAUACUUUAAACGGUCAUCAUUAUAUAACCUCUGUUGGUGCUUACACUGCUAUCAAGAUGGGUAAGAAGAAAUCUCAGAAGAGGUUUGGUCAUAAAGUCUCAGCUCCUGGAGCUUUGGGAGCACAAAUAUUGGAGGAAAAGUUUGCUAAACCUUCUCAGCGAGUCAAGGCAAGGUCCCUGAAAACUGAGGCCAAAACUCAGUAUUUAGACUUGAGUGGUGUCUUGUCUCAGGUGCACAAGCUUGAAGAUGAUUGUGCAGAACAGAGAGAUGAUGGGCUAAGUGCUGAGGUGCUGCACGAGCAGCAGAAAGAAGAGGCAGAUGUGCCCCAUAAUGUUGAAGCCUUAAUUAAGAACUUUGAAAAAGAGGCUCUGGAGGGUGUCAAUGUACUAGAGGAGGAGAAAAUUUUUGCCAGCCUCAUGUCAGAAAAUAAGAAAUCAAAGGAAACUUUCAUGGAACAUAUCCGGGAAACACUAAAUGAACGUCACACUGAAAUUCAGUCUCAGGUUGAUGAAGCAAGUCAGUGUGGUGGUCCUAAGAUAUCAGAGGAGCUACAAAACAUGUGUAAGCAAGCUGGGGAGGUCUUGGCCAAUUAUCGGUCUGGGCCUAUACCCAAAAUGCUUAAAGCCAUGCCUAAAAUGAGGAACUGGUUGCACUUGCUCUACUAUACCAACCCAGAGAAAUGGAGUGCAGCUGCUGUCUACCAACUAACUCGACUCUACUGCAGUCAAAAGCCCGAGAUGGUCCAGGCCUUCUACAACAAAGUCUUGCUGCCACGUUGCAGAGAUGAUAUUGCCUUUUAUAAGCGUCUAAAUUAUCACCUCUAUCAGGCCCUCUCCAAGGCACUUUUCAAGCCUGCAGCUUUCUUUAAAGGCAUCAUUCUUCCUCUUUGUAUGGGAGGUGACUGUACAUUGAGAGAAGCUGUUGUGUUUGGUUCAGUAGUUGCCAGAAAAAGUAUUCCUAUCCUUGCUUCUUCUGCUGCUAUCAUGAAAAUUGCUCAGAUGGAAUAUUCAGGUGCCAACUCAAUAUUUCUGAGAAUCUUGUUCAACAAGAAAUAUGCCCUGAUGUGGAAGGUGUUGGAUGCCGUUUGUGAUCAUUAUGCCAAGUUUAGAUGUGAGGACCGCAAACUGCCUGUUCUAUGGCAUCAGUCACUGCUGACCUUUGUACAACGUUACAAAAAUGACCUCAGUCAAGAGCAGAAGGAUGCACUCUAUGGCUUGGCAGCAUUUCAUUCACAUCAUGCCAUUACUCCUGAAGUAAGGCGCGAACUUGAAAAUUCUCAACAUCGAGUUGUAGCAGCUAAGACAACUGUGCAAUAAACUGAUUGGGUUAAA